AAUCAAUUAUCAGAAAUGGCGGAGCUGAGAUCAAGAUUUGAAUGUCGAAUCGAGAAAUAUUUGAAAACCUCUCGCAUUGCUUUUUUGUGAUGAAAAUCAGCCGAUAAGAUGAAUGGUUGUCUCAUUCCGGACACACCAAUCAGGGUGGAUCUGUGGAGAAGGGCAAACAAUCCGUCCUCCAACAUUUACUUCCUGUCUCACAUGCACUCCGAUCACACUCAGGGCCUGUCUGCCUCGUGGCGAUGGCCGAUCUACUGCUCCUCUGUCUCUGGCAAGCUGCUCAUUGACAAGUUUCAGAUCAAAGAGAGCCUGGUCAGGCCUCUGGAGCUCAACCAGAGCCACAUCAUCAAGUUGGAUCAUUUAGGAAGAGAGUCAAUGACAGUGACACUGUUUGAUGCCAGUCACUGCCCCGGCUCAGUCAUGUUCCUCUUUGAAGGUUACUUUGGCCGCAUCCUUUACACCGGUGACUUCCGUUAUGACUCGACGACCUUCCCCGAGUGGUGCCUAGGGCCUGGGAGGCCUUUGGAUAAACUCUACUUGGACAACACCUUCAACAAUCCGCGAUGUCGGUUUCCAAGCCGCGCAGAAUGCAAGCAGAAGAUCCUGGAGAUCCUUGCUAGGCACCCAGAGCAUGAAGUCGUCCUUGGAGUUUACACACUAGGAAAGGAAGAUCUUCUUCUGGAUAUUGCUCUUGCUCUGAAAACACGUGUGGUAGUCAGUCCAGCGCGUAUGAGGAUGCUUCAAGUGUUGGAAGUCCUUGAUGUCUUCACAACUGACAAGGAUGGCGGGUGUGUGAGGCUCGUCCCGCAGAGAGCCAUCAACAAGAAAAACAUGGCCAAGUGGAACGAGGAUGCCCCAACCAUCGCUGUCAUCCCAACUGGAUUGUUCUCAACAUUAGAUGGCCAACCGUUCGUCAAUCAGGAGGAUGUGUUCAUCAUCCCCUACUCUGAUCACUCCUCAUACCCGGAGCUGCGGCAGUUUGUCUCAAGGGUCCAUCCUCGGGUCAUCAUCCCCAUCGUCAAGGAUUCCUGUUUCAUGAAUAAUGAUCGCUCUGUUACAGAUAUGCACAACUUUGAUGAUCUGUUGGACAGGUCACCAAGUGCACCGUUCACCAUCCCAAGCAGCGUACUGCAGUUUAUGUCCGCUGAUCUCUCAGGAUCAGUUCAUCUUGGUGAGUCUCAUCAAAAUUUCAAACUGCUUGCUGAAAUGCGAAAGAAUCAGAGAUUGGUCAGGGCCAAUCGUACAGCUACGGGUGUUGUGUUCAGGGACGAGGAUGACGAAGGAGGAACAACAGCAGUGCAAUCUCUGGAGCUGUCAACAACAGUUGAUUCCCAAGAACUACCACUGGCUGAGAGUGAAUACAGUCAGCCUGAUGAACAACAGACCCUACACCCACAACUCACCAGGACUGUGAAUUGUCAGAUCAAGGAAACAAAGGCAUCAAUAAGAGAGGUAACAAGUGAACUGAAACCUUUGCAAACUGAACCACUCCAUCAAUCAUCCUCAGAGAACAGAUGGACUGAAGUGCCAGCAGGAGCAGCAGUAAGGAAAAGAGAUUUCUUGUCUAAGAAGCGCAAGAGAAAAUCAGAUCAAAGUGAGUCAUCUGGAGAUGCGGAGUGUCCAAGUGAUGGCUCGGUCUUGAUUAGAAGCAUGUCAAGCAAGAAACCAAGAGUUUUACCUGAGUCCUGUGUGACUUACCCAAAAUCAGUUAUCACUGCACCAUCAAGCUGGGAAAGUAGAAGACUGUCCUGUGCUAAACCUUCUUCAAAAAAGAUUCAGGACUACUUUAAGACGUUGAGUGUUGUAACUUCUGAGAAUGAGCCCUGCAGUGGUCCUAAACAACUGGAACAUAAACUAAAUGCAUGUAGAAUAAGUCUAGCUUCUCUCCAAGCUGUUACUCCUCUUGUUGACAAACCUUCAGAGAGGAUUGUCACCAGCAGUUCUGCCUACCAGCCACAAGAAGAAGUUGUAAAACUUGUCAACGGUUUAAUUUCAUCUACCCUCCAAAGGAUUAAUGUUGUCUCACCCAAGAACGGGUUCUCCUCUCAACAUAUUUGUGUUAAACCGUUCAAGCAAAUUUCUGGGAGUCAAAAAAGUAACAGUCUCAGUAAAGCAUUCCAAAAUGUCUUUACAAAUCAAAAGUAAAAUGGGCCACUAAGGGACAGGUGGGAGGAGUGUCAAUAGUUCAAGUUCAACAGUGCCAAUCAAUUUUUUUAAUUUCAAUGCUCUGUUCCCUUUUUGUUUCUGCGCUGUUGUGUAACUUUUGCAGAGAACUUUUAUGAAUGUGACCUUGGAAAAAAUGUGUAAUGUUGACUCGGAUGUCAUACCAAGAUAAACAAUAGAUGACUUUGUCAUGUAAGCACAGGGUUGGCGAUUUUUUUUUGAUUUAUUUUUUUUUAAAUAAAAAAAAUGGAUUUAUUUGAUUUAAAUCAGAUUUUUUUGAUUUAAAUCAGAUUUAUUUGAUUUUUUUAACUUUCAAAACAUUGAUAUGUCUAAAAAUGUGUCUAAAUCUCCCAAUGCACCCUUACACCCAUCACUAACAUGACUAAGGAGUUUACAGGUUCCUAUAAUACCCAUCAUCCACAAAACUCCAUAAAUUGAUAAAUGUUUUUGGAAAAAAUGUAUGGAAUCAGUGAUAAAAAAAAAUCACAUGAUUUCAUCUACAGGUACUCAUGUAGUCUACCACAUUGGUUCAAUGGUACAUUAUUACUGAAGACACUUUAAAAAUGCAUAGUAUACAGCUGAGAUACAUAUUCAUUGUGUGUGGGUCUGAAUGAAAAACGUGAUUUACAUGUAUGGUACAUGUAUGACAUUUGAAUUGACAUACAACAAAAAGUAAAGUUCUCCAUGGGCAUGUAUAUUUCAUAACAAUGCUUCUAAUUUCAAAACCGGUAGCACUGAUCCUUGUGUAACUUAUAGUGUUUGAUUGAUGGUCCUUCAAACAAGGUCGAAUAUAGAAAUCAGGCCUUUAUAGAUCUUUAAAAGAUAUUAUAUAAAUCUCGAUGUCAAUUUUUAUGGAGAAACGUUAGGAAUAAGAUGGAUCAAUACACCUUAAGAUGGUUCAGGUAAGCCUACACCAGCACAGUUGAUUCACUACAUUGCUGUAAACAGAUCAAGGAAGAUUAGAGCGAGUGUGCUGUCUUUAAAAGUCAAAGUUCGAACAAAACCUUUAAACUCAGAUCUUGACUUUAAUCAAAACAAUGAUUUUGCUGAAUUAUGCAAAACCUACAUGUAAGCAUGGUAAGUUUAGUCGAUGCUGAUGAAGUACAGGACUACAGGUACGUACGGGGUGUUUGAAUGUGUUAACAACAUCUUACUCUUUGUAAUUAGUUGGAAUUACUUGAUUUAAAUAAUAAAAAUGAAACUCAAUAAA